GGGGGAAACCUUAAUGGCCCAAAAAUACAAUGUAAUGAUUUGUAUAGGCAUAACAAUGAGAGUAUGAUGGUAAGGUCUAACUGUUUGCAUCUUCUGAGAGUAGAAGAGGUUGAAAAGGACUGGAGAGGAUGAGGGACGUGCUUGGAAAUGUGUCUCAUUUGUGAUGAGAGUAUAUUGGACUUAACCUGUCUCCUGAUUCUAGUGGUCCAUCGUUGGAGAGAGAGAGAGGUUGGGAAUGCUUUGCCAGUCACUAUUAUAAGAGGGUUCCUUUCCCCUGUGGGCCUGUGGGCCUGUGGGCCUUCUCUUUGGGGGGAGGGGCAGAGUGGAGAGUUGUCAUCAUCAAUGGAAGGAUGUAAGAAGAAAAAAAUGCACAUAGUUUCUUUUGGAGUUAAUGUUUCCACCCAUUGUGACUAACUGAUUCCUGUCAGCACUUGCAUCUUUAGGCACUUUCCUAGUAGAUACUUGAUAGCUGUGGGCAGCCACUGGUAGAUCAAGGAAAGAAAGGAAAAGGGAUGGGGUGGAGGGUGGAGACAAAGCACAGGGGUGUACAGCAGAGCAUUAAUAGGCUUUCCAUUUGGGCAAAAUUUAGGCCUCCAGUGGCCUUUGUAAUGAAAAUCGUUCUAAUGGUAUUGACUGUAUGUAUUUAAAAUCUCUUCUAUGAUAUUUGUAUCCAAGAAUCUGGAGAGUAUCCCUUUAAUGUGCUUUAUAAACAGUGGAACAUUUAGAAUACAGUACAUGACAGUUACUGAAUUUUUCACCACAACCAUUUCUGUAUGUUUGUUGUUGGACAGUCAGAAUGACUAUAAUGACGGCAUUGGCUCCUGUUUGUAAGGCAUUUAACCAGUGUUGUUUCAUCGUUUUGGAAGAUAAGCUCUUCUCGUUCCUUACUUCAAAACUUGGCUCUCACAUGGAGUGCCCUUUAAAGCUCCAGAGUGCAGGGAUCUUUUCUGUCAUUCAUUGCCUUAUCUCCAGAGCCUAGAACAGAGCCUGACCCAUGGAAGGUACUCAGUGACUGUUUGUGGAAUGAACCCAAAUACACUGGAAUCCUGUCCUCUCUUCUUUCCACUACCAAAGAUCCCAUUUAACUUUAGGGGCAGGGCCACACCAGCUUUACCUUCCCCACAGAAUCUGCAGCUCACGAUAAGCACAGUAUAAAUGUAUACUGGUAUAAAUGUUAGCUGUUUAUACCACAUACUUUGACAUUUAAUCCCUUAUGGCUUUAUACUGUUAAAUAAGUUUUUCUGCAUGUUUUGUUUCCCCACCUAAAAUAAUGGCUACUGAGGGCUGAGAAUAUAUAAGGUACUAUGUUUUCCUUAUUCAUCCAGUAUAAUAUAUACAGAGUAGGUUUGUAUUUACUUAUUGAGUGAAUAUUAGAUACCCUAGGGGAAACAUCAGAGAUAUUCAGCAUGUGAUUCCAGUCUUCAAGUAGGUAGUAUUUUAGUUGGGUAGACAUUGUGUGCACAUGUGAAACAGUAUGAGAAUUUGUAGCUAAAUAAAAUAAAGUGAAAAUAAUAGCUAACAUUUAUGUAGUGCUUAAAAUGUGCCAGAUACUGUUUCAGGAAUCUUUGCCUGUUAAUUUGUUGGAAUGUCAACAAUCUUUCGAAGUAGGUACAGUUAUAAUCCCAUUUCUUAAAAUGAGGAAACUGAGACCCAGCAAGGUAAUUAAAUCACUUACCCAAGAUCACAAUGCAUAUAGUAAAGGGACUGGAUAUGAGCCCAGGCAGUCUGGCCCCCAAGUCAGUGUCCUUUCUCUGGGGAGUUUUUCUCGAUCAAAGAAGACAGAUCUAAAACUUGACACUAGUUUCUUGGCUGUAAAAGGUUCUCUUUUUCAAAUUUCAAAGUAGCAUAGGUUGCAAGGACUGAGCUGCAGAAACAGUGCUGAAUUUUCAAAUGGAAGUGGUUGAUCAAUGGUUCCGGGGACACUACAUUUUGAAAUGACUAAAGGCAAGGGGAGAGAAACUGAAUUUUGAAUCUCAACACUGAAUGAGGAUUAUAACUCUUCCGUAGGUGUUGAAUUCGAGGACAGUGAUUCACCAGGACGUAGGAUAAUGACUGUUGAAGUUUUUAAUUUAGUGUCAGAAAACGUGAAAUAUAAUAUUGAAUAACACUUGAUAUCUUACUACCUUUCUUUUUUAAACACUUACUAGAUUUAAACCCCAGUGGUAGUAACUUACCAGAACGUAAGUGUUCCUGAAGGUUUCCUGUGCACUUAUAUCCAUUUGCUGUGGCCUCAUGUGGAAUCUUGAUCCACUUGUUCAGCUUGUCUUGGGCAGUACAGAACACUAUUGGCCAGGAGGCCUCUUCUAGUAAUAUUUCUUUGAUGGAAAAAAAAAAGGUAAAAUUGUGCUGUUGAUUUGGUGACAUACCUGGAGUGAAGUCAUUUUGAAGCUGCGUGGAAUUAAAAGAGGGGCUGCAAACAAAAUCCAGCAAGAUGGAAAAAAAAAUGGUAUUCUCUGAAAACCCACUUUUGUGUCCCUUUUGUCAGGAGCUGACAGUAUUAUUUUGGGGGUGUUGGGCAUCAAAAGAGACACUGAAUCCAAAUGACUCCACAGAUAGGGGAGUACAUACAUCAGCACACCCACUGUCCAGGAAUCAGAGGAGGAAGUGCCCUUGAAUGAAGCAUGGGCUACAAACCUGGUUAGCGGCCAGGGAGGACACACGCUCUGCAGGCAUCUUACCUUGGAAACAGCACAGUUUGGCUUGCAUCCAUGUCAUCUUUGAGUAUGAGAGAGAAUCCUAAUUUCAGCAUGUCCUCAGACACCAAAGAACCAGGAGGAGACAUCACAGCUUUCCCAGAUUGGGAGGAAAAAUAUGGAAUGUGUUUUACCGCUGACUGAACACAACCAAAUGAACUGUACUGACAGUAGUUUGAAAACCAGCAGUUAGCAGUUUGUUCAGGCUCUAACAUUGUCCAGCACUUUCCAGAGCAAACUCACUGUUUACAAGAACUCUCAGCCUUACGACGUUUAUAACCUCAAGCUUUGUUUAUUUAAAAUAUUCCUGCACGAGAAAAGUACCUGGCGCCCACUUUCCAAAAUGGCCAUGGAUGAGUAUUUGUGGAUGGUCAUUUUGGGUUUUAUCAUAGCUUUUAUCUUGGCAUUUUCCGUUGGUGCAAAUGAUGUUGCCAAUUCAUUUGGUACUGCUGUGGGCUCUGGCGUGGUGACCUUGAGGCAGGCAUGCAUUUUGGCUUCGAUAUUUGAAACCACCGGCUCAGUGUUAUUGGGAGCCAAAGUAGGAGAGACCAUUCGAAAAGGUAUCAUUGAUGUGAACCUAUACAACGAGACAGUAGAAACACUAAUGGCUGGGGAAGUUAGUGCAAUGGUUGGCUCAGCUGUUUGGCAGCUCAUUGCAUCCUUCCUGAGACUUCCAAUCUCAGGAACUCAUUGCAUCGUUGGUUCUACUAUAGGAUUCUCACUUGUUGCAAUUGGUACACAAGGUGUGCAGUGGAUGGAGCUUGUCAAGAUUGUUGCUUCCUGGUUUAUAUCCCCACUGUUGUCUGGUUUCAUGUCUGGCGUGCUGUUUAUACUGAUCAGAAUUUUCAUCUUAAAAAAGGAGGACCCUGUUCCCAACGGCCUCCGGGCACUUCCAGUGUUCUAUGCUGCUACAAUAGCAAUAAACGUAUUUUCCAUCAUGUACACAGGAGCACCAGUGCUUGGUCUGGUCCUUCCCAUAUGGGCAAUAGCACUCAUCUCCUUUGGCGUUGCACUGCUGUUUGCCCUUUUUGUAUGGCUCUUUGUGUGUCCAUGGAUGCGGAGGAAAAUAGCAGGCAAAUUACAAAAAGAAGCUGCUUUAUCGCGAGUUUCUGACGAAAGCCUCAGUAAAAUUCAGGAAGUGGAGUCCCCAGUAUUUAAAGAGCUACCAGGUGCCAAGGCUAAUGACGACAGCACUGUCCCUCUCACAGGGUCAGCUGGGGAGCCAUCUGGAACCUCUGAAGGCACAUCAGUGGGAAACCACCCCCGGGCCUCCUACGGAAGGGCACUUUCCAUGACUCACGGCUCUGCAAAAUCACCCGUCUCCAACGGCACCUUCGGCUUUGACGGCCACACGAGGAGUGACGGGCACGUGUACCACACGGUGCACAAAGACUCGGGGCUCUACAAAGACUUGCUGCACAGGAUUCACUCAGACAGGGGCCCCGAGGAGAGGCCCGCACAGGAGAACAACUACCGGUUUCUGCGGCGAAAUAACAGUUACACGUGCUACACGGCAGCCAUCUGUGGAAUGCCUGUCCACUCGACCUUCAAAGCUGCUGACUCGUCAUCUGCGCCAGAGGACAGCGAGAAGCUGGUGGGGGACGCCGUGUCCUAUUCUAAAAAGAGGCUUCGCUAUGACAGCUACUCAAGCUACUGCAAUGCGGUGGCAGAAGCCGAGAUAGAGGCCGAUGAGGGAGGUGUGGAAAUGAAGCUGGCAUCUGAGCUGACGGAUCCCGACCAGCCCCGAGACGACCCUGCAGAAGAGGAGAAGGAGGAGAAGGACACAGCCGAGGUCCACCUCCUGUUCCAUUUCCUGCAAGUCCUUACUGCCUGUUUUGGAUCCUUUGCUCAUGGUGGCAAUGACGUGAGUAAUGCUAUUGGUCCCCUGGUAGCUUUGUGGCUGAUUUACGAGCAAGGUGCAGUCCUGCAGGAAGCAGUUACCCCCGUCUGGCUGCUGUUUUAUGGAGGAGUUGGAAUUUGUACGGGUCUGUGGGUCUGGGGGAGAAGAGUGAUCCAGACCAUGGGGAAGGACCUCACCCCCAUCACACCAUCGAGCGGCUUCACCAUUGAGCUGGCCUCCGCGUUCACAGUGGUGAUCGCCUCCAACGUCGGACUUCCUGUCAGCACCACACACUGCAAGGUGGGGUCCGUGGUGGCCGUGGGCUGGAUCCGCUCCCGGAAAGCCGUGGACUGGCGCCUCUUCCGGAACAUCUUUGUGGCCUGGUUUGUGACUGUCCCCGUGGCCGGGUUGUUCAGUGCUGCUAUCAUGGCUCUUCUCAUGUACGGGAUUCUUCCAUAUGUGUGAUUUGUCUUCUUCCACCCAGUACACAAGGGAGGGUCUGGCGUGGGUAUGUGUGGGUGGCGUGUUACACGCACGCUGCCUGCUCACGGGCUGUCUCCCAGCCAGCUUGUCCGUGGCCCUUUCAUAUGGUUCCAAACCACACUGUUCACCUACACUGUAGAGAGUCAUCCUCCAGAGCUAACUUAACUACUGUACAUAAUCAUGUGCAUUAAACUGGUAUCGUGGUGACAUAACGUGGUGCAGUUACUUAUAUGUUAAAUAUAUAUUGUAUACAUAGAAUAGAUAGCAUUAUUUCAAACAUACUCAAAAUGGGAGUGGAGAAAUAUUGUCUAGAAUUCAAUAUUCAACAAAUCUUUGUACGGAAUGAUUUCAGUGGCAAAUUUUAAGAACCUUUUAAAAGGAAAGUGUAGAUUGGAAAGUGCUAUUUUUCCCAUUGAAUAUACUGUAAGAUAAGUGUGAAUCGGGUUGGAUGCACAUUUGGGAAGAUGUACGUCCGGGGUGUGCUCUUGAGUAAUACUGGGGUAGGAGUUCACAAGUGCUUUCACUGAGGAAUUUGUUCAUAUACUGUGUAUUGAUUAUGUAAUAUAUCAUAAUUGCCUCUGUAAAUACUUAAAACGGUAAUUUUUUAAUGGUGUGCUUCCCAUAUACUUUUUUGAUCAGAGAAUUUUGGAAAGUACCAAAGAAGCAGGGGAAUAGUUUGCCAGUAUUAUAUUUUCAUACUGUCUUUCUCCCCUUCCCAUGAAUCCUGUUAACCUAGGCUGUAGCGAGACCGCCUCGCCCCGGCCUGCCCCCUAGCAGGGCGGAGGCCGAAGCACCAGCCCCCUGUCACGUGCUCGUUACGAGCAUCCUACUUCCUGUCCCCCGCCCCCACUGCCACCACUCGCUAGUUACUGGUGAGCCCUGCAGUGGCCCGUCGUCGUCGUCGUCGUCAUCAUCGUGUAGAGAAUGUACACGCGUGAGGCUGCCCGAUCAAGCACCACACACCAAGUCCAGUUUAAAUUUUCACCCGUACUCUCCCCUGCAGCCUGAAAGAGCGAAUUCUUAAAACACUAAGGCGAGUGAGUUGACAUUCAGGAGGGGGUAGAGUUGAAAUAUCAGACAAUACACUGGAUUUGAGGAUUUCCUUGAGGCCUUUACUAAGCUGAACAUCUUGAUGCUCUACUGUAGUCCCACUGGAUUCUGUCCUGAAAGCGGGAGGGAGGGAGUGUGAGUGAUGCUGGAGCCUGAAACCGUGGAAAUGCUGCUAAAAUUUUUAUAUUGACAAACAUUUUCUUGGUACUUCAUUGUGAUUUUUCAUUAAUCAACCAUAUUAAAUUUAUAAUAAAAAAUGCCCUUCAAAAGGUU